AUGGCAGAUGCGAAACCGAUGUCCAUUCCAGCAGAUCCGAGCGUGAGGUUGGGCAAGUCCAUGGGUCCCAAUGGUCCGGAAGAAGAAGCUGAAAUGAAGAAGGUGCCGUUCAAAGAAGCGGUGGGAUCUUUGUCGUUCGCAGCUCAAGUAACUCGUCCAGAUAUUUCCUUUGCGGUCAAUGCAGUGAGUCAAUUUGCUGGAGUAUCAUCUGAGCUGGUCGGUUUUAGCGAUGCCGAUUGGGGAGGAGAUCCGGACAACCGAAGGUCGACGACUGGCUACGUGUUCACGAUGCAGGGAGGAGCCGUUUCGUGGAACGUCAAGAAGCAGCUGACUGUCGCCCUGUCAUCUUGUGAGGCGGAGUACAUGGCUCUGUCUCGAACCAUCCAAGAGGCCAUGUGGUGA